CUCCUAAGCCCCCUCCUCAUUCUCUCUGUGGUUAAAUAGCAAAGCGUGCUUGCUUUCUCAGGGUUACACAUCCACAUCCUACUUUACAUAGAGGGGGUUACGCAGAUAAUCCACCUGCAACGACUGAAUAAAUAAAGUAGAGGUGGAUAAAACCGAGCUGCACUUUGAAAUGUACUCCAACAGGAUCGAGGGACCUCGAAGGGGGAGAUCGUUUGACUCCAUGAAUAAUGCCUAUGAAGAGAAACUACUCAACAAUGAGAUAAACAAAUCAACCUUCACAAAAAUCGAAGAAAGCACAGAGAAGAAUACACCAGAGAAAGGCAGAGCAACAAUUAUCUUUUCCCUCAAGAAUGAAGUGGGAGGACUUGUGAAGGCACUCAAACUCUUCCAAGAAAAUCACGUCAACCUUGUGCACAUUGAGUCCAGGAAAUCGAAACGGCGCAACUCAGAGUUUGAAAUCUUUGUGGACUGCGACAGCAACCACGAACAACUCAAUGAAAUCAUCCAGCUGCUGCGGAAGCACGUGAGCCUGGUGGACAUGGAACCUCCAGAUAAUUCCUGUUUACAGGACGAAGAUAUGCAUAAGGUACCAUGGUUCCCGAAGAAAAUAUCUGACUUGGACAAAUGUGCUAAUCGUGUCCUGAUGUAUGGUUCUGAUUUGGAUGCUGACCAUCCGGGUUUCAAGGACAAUGUCUACCGCAGAAGAAGAAAGUAUUUUGCAGAUCUUGCGAUGGCCUACAAACACGGUGAGCUGAUUCCCCGCAUCGAGUUCACAGAGGAGGAAGUGAAGACCUGGGGUCUUGUGUACAGAGAGCUCAACAAGUUGUACCCCAGCCACGCUUGUAGGGAAUACUUAAAAAAUUUGCCACUGCUGUCCAAAUACUGUGAAUGUCGAGAAGACAACAUUCCCCAACUGGAGGAUGUCUCUCGCUUCCUCAGGGAACGUACUGGGUUUACCAUCAGGCCCGUGGCUGGCUACUUGUCCCCUCGUGACUUCCUGGCCGGCUUGGCCUUCCGUGUUUUCCACUGCACCCAGUACGUGCGACACAGCUCUGACCCCUUAUACACCCCUGAGCCGGACACGUGUCACGAGCUGCUGGGUCAUGUCCCCCUACUGGCUGAACCCAGUUUUGCACAAUUUUCCCAGGAGAUCGGCCUGGCCUCAUUGGGAGCCUCGGACGAUUCUAUUCAGAAACUGGCCACAUGUUAUUUUUUCACAGUGGAAUUUGGCCUAUGCAAACAGGAAGGACAGCUGAGAGCGUAUGGGGCUGGCCUGCUAUCUUCCAUCAGUGAGCUGAAGCAUGCACUUUCCGGAAAAUCAAGGAUCAUGCCAUUUGACCCCAAAGUUACAUCCAAACAAGAAUGCAUCAUUACAACCUUUCAAGAUGUUUACUUUGUGUCAGACAGCUUUGAGGAGGCCAAAGUCAAGAUGAGGGAGUUUGCGAAGACCAUUAAGCGUCCCUUCACAGUACGGUACAACCCCUACACCCAGAGUGUGGAUGUGCUUAAAGACACGCCCAGCAUCAAUAGCGUUGUGGAGGAACUCCGACACGAGCUCGACAUCGUGGGCGAUGCUCUGAACCGCCUCAAUAAGCAGCUCGGAAUCUGAAAUUUCAAAACCCGCUUGCAGACCGUUUGUGUUGUACCCCCAAGCACUGCUCUAGACAUGCUGCUUGCGUAUCACUGUUUUCAUUACAAUGAAUGUGCACUAAUUUUGGCAAAAACACCCUGUUGUCCUUCUCGCGUACAAAGACAUUCAUGCUAUGACACCAGUGCAUUGCGCAAAUCAAAAGAGCACUGUUUUCAUCCAUUUGGCUUCUACCUUGCAACCUGUCUGUUUGCACCUGUACCAGAAAUUCCCCUGAAUUCAAGUCAGCCAUGUUGUCCAACCUGCUGUUGUACAUGAUCUUGUGAUGUAUUUUUUUUUUUGUUUGUUUCAGUAUCCAAUUAAUCUCCAUUGCACCAGUGAUUAAAUAUAAACCGUACCUUUAUAUUAUUAUUGUGUAUGUAUUGUUUCUUUUUCUGUAAGGUUGAGGGAAAUUAUACAAGCAAUGUAAUGCAAAUAUGUUGGUGGUCUAUGCUGACAGAUUUAGCCCAUGCACCCCUUCUAGUAAUAGGGCUACCUUUUAAAAAGUAGAUAUAAUUAGAACCCUCCUGAAUUAUAUAAAAAAAAAUAUUUUUGUACAAACCAAUUUCUAUACAUAAUUAAUGGUGUAGGUUAUGUAUGCAAAUAUAUAAAAAUUAUAUGUAU